AUGUCCAAAGAAGCAGCAACGCAGCUCGACCAUGUCGAGGACAGCGCAAAGGACCAGACGCUGUUCGACGAGGAGACGAGGCGCGAGCACGAGCAGACGUUCCGGGAUGCGCUGCGCGACGAGAGGGGCGUCAUCCUGUGGGCGACGGUGUUUGCGGCUGCCGCGCUGAGCUGGGGGUUUGAUGCGCAGGUUAAUGGUGCGGCAAUCAGCGUAAACUCGUUCCGCCGGGACUUUGGCUACAUGUACAACGGGCAGGCGGUGCUGCCUGCGAACUGGCAGACGGCGUUCAACGUCAUGUCCUCUGUCGGCCAAUUCUUCGGCGGCCUCUCCUCCGGCUACGUCGCGGACCGCAUCGGGCGCAAAUGGUGCAUGUGGUACGGCUCCUGGCUGCUCAUGGCCGGCAUCGCCAUGGAAGUCGCCGCGUCCAGUCGCGCCGUCUUCCUCGUCGCCAAACUCGUGCUCGGCUUCGCGCUCGGCUUCUACCUCAGCAUGGCGCCGGCCUACUGCUCCGAGAUCUCGCCCGUGGUGCUCCGCGGCAUUACGACCUGCGGCGUCUCGCUCGCCAUCGUGAUCGGCCAGCUGCUCUCCAACGCCGUCAUCAAGGCCUUCGGCGAGCGGCCCGACCGCUGGGCGUACCGCGCGCCGUUCUGCAUCCAGUUCCUGCUGCCCGCGGUGCUGGUCGUGGUGCUGCCGUUUGCGCCUGAGUCGCCGUGGUAUCUGGUGCGCCGCGGGAACCUAGAGGGCGCGGCGGCAUCGCUGCAGAGGCUGCAUGGGAAGAGCCGCGAUAUUGGGCCGCGCCUCACGCAGAUCCAGCGCACGCUGAAGCUGGAGAGUGAGCUGUAUGCGCAGGCCACGUGGGCAGACUGCUUCCGCGGCGUCGACGCCCGAAGAACCAUGAUCACGCUGGGGGCCUUCUGCUGCCAGCACUUGUCCGGGAUCAUCUUUGUGCUUGGGUACUCGACCUACUUCUUCCAGCUCGCGGGGCUACCGACGUCGCAGACCUUCUCUUUGGGUGUCGGAGUCACCGCGUGCGGUGUGGCGGGGAACAUCAGCUCCUGGUGGCUGGUCAACAGCGCCGGGAGACGGAUUGUGACGCUGACGGGCAUGGCGGUGCUGACGGUCAUGUUGGCGCUCAUUGGGGUGAUGGAUGUGGUGCCGACGGCGGCGGCGCAGUGGGUGCAGAGCAGUCUGACAGUCAUCUAUGCGUACGUAUGGUUCCUCACCAUUGGUGCCAUGGGAUAUGUCAUCCUGGGAGAAGCGAGCAGCCCGCGGUUGAGGAGCAGGACCAUCGGUCUCACGACGGUUGUGCAGAGUCUGUGGGGACUGAUUAUGAACUUUGCAAUUCCGUACUUGGUCAACCCCGAUGAAGCAAACCUGAAGGGAAAGGUCGGAUUCAUCUUUGGUGCCACUAGUUUGAUGUGCACGAUCUGGGUGUACUUCUGUGUUCCUGAGUUCAAGGGGCUGACGUUCUCCGAGAUUGACGAGCGCUUCAAGAAGGGCGUUCCGGCGAGGAAAUUUAUGGAGUAUAAGGGUGACCAGGAAGCUCCUUCUGCCUAG